GAAGCGCAGCUGUGGAAUGCUGGAGAUUCUGCCAGCAAACGAAAUCCGAUGGGAACUUGUGACAGGCAAGACUUUGGAAAAGAGUCUCUUUCUCAAGAAUACCUCGGACAAUGCCGUUGCGUUUAAAGUCAAGGUCAUACCCGCGAGAGAAUCCAUGGAAGUGAAAAUUGUUAUGCAACCUUUGAAAGACCUGCCAAGUAGCACAACAGCUUGGAAGGACAAGUUUCUUGUUCAGUCGGCAAUCACUACCAAUGAGACUGGAGACGCCAAAUCUGUGUUUGAAAACAUGAGCAAAGAUGAGACGGUCGAUCAGAAGUUGGUCUGCACCUUUACGCUUCCCAGUGAUGCUGCGAGCGGGCGCGAGCAAGAAAGCUCGGCCUCUAAAUUGUCAGAUUCCAAGUCAUUUUCUCCGUUGCAAGAUGCUUCAAGUGAAACGCCUGGAAGCAUCAGGAGUUUCAAUGAAGAGGCUAAGACGGGCUCGGAGGAGGAGCCGCACACGAAACAUUCAAAUAGGGCGUCAACCGCAGACCAAGAAAAACUGCGCGAAGAGCAAAAUCGAUGUGACCGUUUGGUGGGAAGCUUGAAGGAAUUCCUUGAAUAAACCAAAGAACUGCGAGAUGCAAGAGAGCGAGAGCGAGUCCUGAUAAAGAAUCUUC